CUCUCCGCCUCCUCAUCUUCAGAGAUCAACAGCACAGAAAACCCUUUGGGUGCUCCCUUCUGAAGCUCCUGUGAACCAGUCAACAUGGCAAUGAACACCUCAUCCAGAUGUAAAAUCAAUGACACAGUUGAUAUCCAGCCAGUUUCUCCAGCUGUCAAUCAGCUGAAAACAAAAGAAGGGAACAUUGGCUCUAUUAGAAGACUGACUCAUGGUGAAAAAGAUCUGUACGGGAUAAACAAAACCAUCUUGCUUGUUGGUGAAACAGGCGCAGGAAAAUCCACUCUGAUCAACGCUCUGGUUAACUACGCCCUGGGAGUGAAAUAUGAGGACAAUGUCUGGUAUCAGAUUAUAAAAGACGAGAAGAAAAGUCAAACAGAAAGUCAGACGUCAGACGUGAUCGUGUACGAGGUCUUUGGUCUUGAAGACAGAACUCUGCCCUUCUCUCUGACCAUCAUCGAUACUCCUGGAUACGGACAUACAGACGGGAUUGAGAGAGAUGUCCUUGUCAGCGAAAGAUUGUUGGACUUGUUCCGCUCGAGGGAAGUUCAUGAGAUCGAUGCAGUGUGUCUGGUGCUGAAAGCGAGUGAGAAUCGACUGAGUGACCGACUGACAUACGUCUUUGAUUCAGUGGUGUCUCUGUUUGGAAAAGACAUAGAGAAGAACAUCGUUGCCCUCAUCACACACUCAGAUUUUUUGACACCUAAAAAUGUUCUGCAAGCUCUGACAGAUGCCAAAAUCAGGUGUGCAAAAAACCAGAAGGGUCAGCCUGUUCAUUUCAUGUUUAAUAACAUCCAGAAAACAGAGAGAAAUGAAGAGAAUGAGGAUCAAAUUAAGCAUGUAUGGAACUCAACAAUGAAGCAAAUCAGUACAUUUGCAGUUUUCCUUCAAAAUACUGAACCUCAGAACCUAGAAACAACCAUUGAAGUGUUGAAUAUACGCAUCAGACUGGCAGCCAGCAUCCACAACCUGCAGGAGAGGAUUGAGUUCAUUGAACUGAAACAGAGAGAGAUCAAACAGACUCAGGAAGGUCUGAAGAAACACGAACAAGACAUGAAGAAUAACAAAGACUUCACAAUAGAAGUUGAUGAAGCCUAUAAAGGUAAAGAAGCGGUAGAAGUUACGCACAGAAUGUGGUCGUUAGAGAUAUGCUAUCCGGGAGCUACCUGCUGUGAAGUCUGUAAGGAGAACUGUCACAAGACAUGCGAAGUGGCCUGGUAUCCAAGUCAGUGUGAGGUCAUGAAGCAAGAGAUGCACAAUAUGCCACAAAGAGUGUAAAGUAGAAGGCCAUAAGAAUGAGAUCUACUGCACGGUGUGUACUGGGAAGUGUCAUGUAUCCAAACAUGUGAAAGAAGAACAAUGCACUAAAUGUGAGGAGAAGUGCAGUGAUCCAAAACAUCAUCCGAAAACACACUGGAGAUAUGUGAGAAAGACCAGGAGAGUUAAGAAGGACAUACAGCAGAUGAAAGCAAUGUAUGAGAAAAGUGAAAAAGACAGUGAGGAGUCAGUGAGCCUCUUGGAAACUCUCCAGGAGAAAAUAGAAGAGCUGCAGAAAGAAAAAGAUCAGUUUCUGGAAGAGUCUUUCCAACAUGUUGAGAGACUGGAGAAGAUCGCUCUGAGUGGUGUUUCACUCUCCACUCAGGUCCACCUGGACUUCCUGAUUGAAAAUAUGAAGGAGAAGAGAGAGAAACUGGAGGAGAUGAAAAGCAAAAUGGAGGAAAAUCCAAGAGCCAAAUCAGUGCUGAGCUACUUCUCUGGUAUUGGUAAAGCCACUAGGGAAGCAGCUAUGGAUUUCUUCAGAGGGAACACAGCUGAGAAGAAAACAAGCUCUACACUUUGAUGAAAGGUAUUUCAUUAUACCAAGUGUGAUGUUGAUAAUGCGAUUGACAUUUUUUAUCUUUGUAAUUCCUGGAAACAGCGCCCUGUGUGGUUUAACGUUCAAUAACCAAACCUUACUUCACUGUUCACGUUAUGGACAAUUCAUAUUUUCCAAGUGCGGGUUCACUUUGUCCUUUGUGACCCAAAGUCUCUCCUCACAAAGUCUGUGAAGUUCGGCAUGCAGCCCAAACUGUAGCUAACUGUGCAUGCAGCCCAAACUGUAGCUAACUGUGCAUGCAGCCCAAACUGUAGCUAACUGUGCAUGCUCCUCCAGCCGGUUACCAAGCAGAAGAAGAAGAAAACAAACUGAGUGAUUGUUUGGAAGAGAUGUUGAAUGAGGAUACUCGUCGUUACCAGCAUGAAUAUAAUUGAGAGAGUUUGUGGAGCUCCAGACGAACACAGACCCUCAAAUGUUGCUCUGGUUUCAAAUUGAGGAAAGAGCCCCCCCUGCUGUUCAAUGCUAGCUACAGCAGCUCUCUCUCUCCUCUAUAUACAAAGUAUGGCAAACAAACCAAUGCAUUAUUUCAUGACUUGUUCUUUUCAUGUAAAGUAAAUUGACUGAGGCAUAUACUUUUGGAAUCAGAAAAUGAUGCCUUUGAAUCUUUAGGUGACAGUUCUGCAGAAAGACUUUGCAGCUCUUGAGGCUUUUUACUGAUAUUUAAACUAUGUUUGGUGUAAAAGACGAUGUGUAAUCAUUUGUUCUGAUGUUAUUGUGUAUUCUCCACAUAUGAGGAUGUUUAACCUGCAGCUCAGUCUCUUCCAAAUCACACUCAUCACAUGUACUGCAUAUAAAAGAGACGCAGCUUUCUGCUGGGAAGUAGAAGAAAGAAAAGCCUCCAUUUUAGUUUGUUUAUGAGUUGCAUUUCAGCAGUUUGCAUUUAUUACUUUUUACAUGUUCAUCAGUAGUUGCUUUAUUUUGAGACUUGAUUGUUGUCAGUUGAGUUCAUCUUUUUCUUCAUCAUUUGAUCAUAAACAUAACAUGCUGAUGUUUGUGGUGUUUCUUUAACCAUGUAUGAUGAUGAUCACACCUUGAAUGUGUUGGAUAUGAAACAGGUGUCAGUGACGACAGAUUUGAAAGAAAAGUCUCCUGUUUUUAAGAUUUGCAUUCAGUUACUUUGCAUUUUUACCUUUUUAGAUAUUAAGCAUUUAUGGUUUUAUUUAGAGACUUGAGUUUCAGCAGUUUAGUUCAGAUUGUUUUUCUUUAUCAUUUAAUCAUUGUUAUCAUGUGUAAUCAUUUGUAACCAUAUAUCAAGUGAGUAAAUAAAAACAAGUAGACUGAUGUGGUCUACUGAAAGACA